UUCUUUCUAGCGUUCUCCCAUGACGUAAGCGGAUGUUGGGGUUUGAAUGCCUCGGCGGUUAUUUUGGACCAGGCGACAGCGCGGGUCGAGUGAGUGAGUGGUUGGAAAGAAAGCACUUAAGAUGGGUGAUAAUGUUACAAUCAGCAUUCAGGAUCUGCCUUGUGAACUCUGUCAACGGACUGAUAACUGUCCUGAAAAAUGGGGAAAAAAGGACUUAUGAGGACUAUAAUCUCACUGUUCAUUAUUAUUGUGUGUUAUUGUCUAGUGGGAUUUGGCAGAGAGGUGAAGAUGAAGAAGGUUUUUAUGGAUUUUUACCUGAAGACAUCCUGAAAGAAGUUAACCGAGCUGCAAGACUGAAAUGCACUAUCUGUAAGAAAAAAGGUGCUUCAAUUGGUUGUGUGGCAUCCAGAUGCAAACGAGGCUAUCACUUUCCAUGUGGUGCUGAGAAAGGGUGCAUUUUCCAGUUCAGGGGUGCUUUCCCGUCAUAUUGUUGGAAACACCGUCCUACUCAAAAACGGCCAUCUGCUAAUGGAUCAUCACAAUGUACAAUAUGUUUGGAACUGGUUGAACAUGCACCCUCAUACAAUAUUCUAACAAGUCCAUGCUGUAAAAAUGCUUGGUUUCAUAGAGAGUGCUUACAGUGUCAAGCUCUGAGUGCAGGAGUGUUUUUCUUUAGAUGCCCAGUAUGUAAUAAUACAGAGAAAUUCCAGAAUGAAAUGUUGAGAAUGGGCAUCCAUAUUCCAGAAAGAGAUGCCUCCUGGGAACUGGAAGAGAAUGCAUACCAAGACCUUCUUCAGUGCUAUCAACACUGUGAUAUGAAAAGGUGCCUCUGCCGACAUGGAAGAGAUUACAGUGAGCCUGAUAGUAAAUGGGAGAUAAAGCGCUGUCAGUACUGCGGCUCCAGUGGAACUCAUUUUGCUUGUUCCUCGUUGAUGAGUCGGGAGCAAAAUUGGGAAUGCAUUGAAUGCAGAACCCUUCUUGCCAAAUCAAAUGGGAACAUUAAGAAAUGGAGAAAGCGUUCUUUGAGUAUAACAGAAAAAACAGAUACUGGAGAUGGUUUGCAAGAAGAUCCCUCACCCAAAUGCCCAAGACAGUCUCCUGGAUCCCAUCUUGGCUUCCUCAUCAGAUCCCCAAAGAUUAUAUACUCCAAUGCCUUUACCCAUUGUUCACAACUGGAUCUUUCCCCUUCUGAUAACAGACUGAUAUCUUCACCCUCCUGGAUCAGUCCUUCAGUGAGGAAUCUGUCACUAAGAAAAUCGCAACUCAGAGUGCAGAAAAGAGAAGUCUCGAAUAUUCUGAGGGAAUUAAGAUCACAAAUUAAUAUCAAGCCAACAAGAUUAAAUAUCAACAGACAAGACAUCUGGAAUAGUGCCUUAAAAGGAUUUCAAAAGAGAAGCUUCAAUCCUGCCAAUACUAUUGAAGUAAGGUACAUAAACAGCGGAACUGAAAUAAAGAUGUCCAGCUGUCUUUCAUCAAAGGAAGAUUUUUUCCAAUUAUUGAUGCUUCACCUUCAGAAGUCAUCACUCUUUGAAGGCAACUUAUCAAAGAAUUUAUCUUUUGAUUCUCAAGCUCUUCAAGAUAAUCUUUAUUAUGAAGCUGGAAAAAUGAUUGCAGUUUCUCUGGUUCAUGGAGGUCCAUCUCCUGGCUUCUUCUCCAAAACAUUGUUUUAUUGCCUUGUUUAUGGCACAGAGAAUGUGAAACCAACUGUAGAGGAUGUUGCAGAUGUGGAUGUUUUGCUAACAAUAGAGAAGAUAAAAUCUGCCACAACUUUAAGCAGCUUAGAAUCAGCAGUAAGUGAAUGUUCUGAAUAUCUUGCCACUAUUGGAUGUUUGAGACCUGUAACAGCUCUAGGUGAUAAGGAUAUAUUGGUGGAUGAGAUAUUGAAUUACCAUGUCAUCAAGAGAACUCUCUUACCACUUGAAAGCUUUGAACAAGGUUUGAAAACACUUAGUGUUCUGGAAAAAAUGCAGAUGAAUCCUGAUGCGUUCUGUAGCAUACUGUGUCAUAAGCCAGAAAGACUUUCAGCAAAGUUUCUUGGUGAUCUCUUCACAAUUUACUGUUGGCCAGGAGCAAAUCAAGCCAGAAGUCUGGAUUUCUGGAUGGGUUACUUGCAGGAGACAGAAGGUGGCGAGUCAGGUGUAACACUGGAGGACAUCUUACUGUUUGCAACUGGCACCUGCAGUAUUCCACCUGUCGGUUUUGAUCCUGAGCCUUCAGUUAAGUUUCUACAUAUAAAGUGCCCCAUUGGAAAGAGACAGCUCAACUGCUUAGAGCUUCCAAUAACAAAAUCUUACACGAAGUUUAAAAGAACUCUUGAUUCCGCCAUCAGAAGUGUAGUGGCCACUACAGUGGGCUCAAGAAACUAAAUGAUAAAAGCACACAAGAAGCUUGCUAACUGCUGCUGGAUAAUAGACACAUUCAUCCUCACAGGUUUACAGCAUGAUCAUGGGAAUGGCUUGAUUUCAGCCAUUUUGAACUUUGUUUCAAAAUGGUGAACAAACAAAGCUUUUGAAAAAGUCUUGCGUUACUGUAUUUUUUUGGUAACUAACAGCCAUAAUCUCAGUCUUAGCCCAACAAUGUGACAUACUCCAGCAAGUUACUAGUUAGGAAUUCCGUCCAGUACUUCACUUUCAUAUUAUAUGUAAUUAAUCAUAAACCAAAAAUUCGGGCAAAUUUCUGUGUUUACUAAAUUUGGGAAGACAUGUUUUUUUGAAGUGUUGACUUGGUGUUAUGCACCAAUAGCAGUAGAUAGUAUUUUACAUACUAAAAUCAUUUGAGGUAUUCUAGCUAUUAAAAACACAAAAUAAGGAUUCUCAGGAUGUUACCUCGUUUUGACUUUUGUAAAAUAUAUUUGGAAGAGUAAUAAAGCUUUAUAAUGCUUUGUAUAGAUGCAGAAAAAUGCUCCAGCUACUCUAGUUAUGCUUCAGUUCAAAAACCAUCCCAACCCUUUCCUUUGGAAAUACAAAAACUAUAUUGUGUUAAAAAUGAAAGAGUUUAAAAAGGCUCUGUACAGAGAAAGUAUAAGUACCUGUUAAUCAAAUCAGUGUAAAGGUUCUAGUCUAAAAUUCAACAAUUAUGCAUAAACUUUGGGUGUUACUGUUGAAGAGGGCAGGAAAUAAGUUAGAUUUAUGAUUAUUCCAACUCAGUAUAUUUAAAAAAUACAGUUCAACGUUUGUAUUAGUACUUUAUCUAAAAGCUUGAUAUGGCUUCAUUUGUGAAGUUCCCCUACAGUUGAUUACAUUGUAGAUAUAUUAAACCUAAUUGAAUAAUCAAACAUAAUUUAUAAAACAUCUGGCAGUGACUUGGAUUCAAAGUACAACGGCACUGCUUCUGAUCAAGCAAGUUGGAUCUUGUACUUCUCUCCUUACCCCUCUGGAGGACCGUUCUUUACAGAGGUUCAGGGACACUAUUUACACCUUUUAGGUGAAAUAAAAACAGCAAUCAUUACAUAGUAUAGAACUUUAAAUUUAUCACACAUUUGGAUCUCCACCAUUGUGUGUAGUGUAGACAAAAUUAAACACAUGAAGUACUUUUAAAAUUCAGACGGAAACUUGCUUUAACCACUUAAGGUGUAUCACUUAUAAUCUUGAAUAUAACAUUCUAGUACUUGGCAUAUUUACUUUAAACAGCAAGUCUUUACAUGUUUAUUCAGAAGUUAAGAAAAAACUUGUUAGUGGCACUUACAUGUGGGUGAAUACACAUUUGAGAUUAAACAAACCACCCACAAGGGAUCAACUCACACUGACAGCCGUGGCAAGACGCUUACUAAUAAUAACAAUAAAAAAUAUAUAGAUUUUAUAUCUUACCUUGGUUUUCUCAAGACGGUAUGCAAGAUAGAGUUAAAAUACAAUAGAUAAAAACAUAAAACUAUUUAAAUGUAGAAUUAAAACAUACAUUAAAAUCGGUCAUAUCAAUAAAAGGGUCAAUUUAAAAUGCAUUUAUUUCAGAUUGUGUAUAAUUCAGAUGAGAUCAAAGUUCAUCAGAAGAAAUUAAGAAAACAUAUUACAAUCAAUAUUUCUUUAAAAAUAGUUUUAUCAUGUACUUCUAGUAUUCCAGUCUUCUAGAACAGAGCUUUUUAAACUGUGGGUCCCAACCCCACAUGGGUUCCCCUUAGCUCAGUGGUUCUCAACCAGUGGAUCCCCAAAUGUUUUGGCUUCCAACUCCAAGAAAUCCUAACAGCUGAUAAACUGGCUGGGAUUUCUGGAAGUCGUAGCCCAAAACACCUGGAGAGAACCACCACCUUAGCUCAAUGUUGAGGUCUACAAAAAUUGGAAACAGUAAAAGGUUUCUGAAUGCCACCCAUUUACACAAAUCUGUUAGCAACAAUGUGCAGUGUUUGCAGUGGAUUCUGCAAAAAAUGCUUCACCUGGACUCCACGAAAAGGAAAACCAGCCUAUCUAGCAAGCCUUGUGAAUGCUGAUUUAUUAAAUGUUUUAUUUUUAUUCUUAUUUUAUAUACCUGGGGUCACGUAAAAAUUUCUCAGGUGGAAAGGACUCAUGCGUAUCAAAAGUUUAAGAAGCCCUGUUCUAGAAUGGCAAACACAGUCAAUAAAAAGGGUAGUUCAUGCUUGCAGGUUUACAUUCUAAAAGACAGGGAACAAAAAAAAUGGGUCAGGGAAGAGGAAAAGCACAAUGCAAGUACAGGUGGCUUCUCUGCAUAAAUAUAUAAAUGACAAUUUCAGCCAUGCGAAGAAUGUUUUGGUGUAAGAAGGAAGGAAUUUCCUUUACCUGCUUAGAAUGGGCAGUAUAUAAAUGAGGAAAACACUUGACACUAGAGGGCUUUGAUUAGGCUAGAAGUAGUUAGUAAAACUUUAUUUCUAUCCCGCCAUAUCUCCCCAUGGGGACUCAGGGAGGUUCAUAACAUGAAAGGCAAACAUUCAAUUCCAUAAAAUACAACAAUAAACGAAAACAAUUCAAAAUAACAGUAGACUAAAACAAUUCAAAAUAAACAAAACAAAGUGUUCGACAAUAAAGCAGAUCACAUGAAACAAUAAUAGCAAGGGGUUUUUCUCCACUUGCUUAAAUUGAGAUGAGAGCCUGAGAUCUUCUCAAGCAGUGCUGGAUUUCUGUAGUAUGGAAAAUAUAAACUGAUGGGGGUUUUUUUGUUUAAAAUCUCUUUAAAUUGGUGGUAGAUUGACUAAAACUGCUAACUUUAUGACUACUUCAGUACUGUUGGAAUGCAAUCCCCAACUAGCUUGUCCCAUUUAUGUCAGUCUUAAUUUGCAUAAGAAGUCCAACCCAAUGUAAAUCAAGACACCCCAUACUAAUUCCUAAAGCUAAAGAGUAGCUCCUAUAAUUUCCAUUUGAACUGGCAAAAUAUCAGAGAGAUGAGAAGUCCCAUGAAGCUGGGAUAAACCCUUACAUUUAAAAUUAUAUUUAGCAAGGAAUAUGGCAGAAUGAACAAAAUGCCUCCUCACCAUCAUACCCUGACACAUGCCCAAAAUACCUUUUUUAAACACUAAUGGCAAAGUCUGCCCCCAAAACAUUUUGCGGAUGGGGGAAUAUGACAAUUUAACUUAAACCAGCCCUUUCCCCAGUUUUAGUCCAGAGCCUUUGGGGCUCAUCUCGCCUGCAGCCUUCUCUGGGGUCAAAGAUGUGCUCCAGAGAGUUUCAAGCCCUUUGAAAUAGGUUUAAGGCAUGUUGGAAGAAAUGGGAUUGUCUCCCUUUCCACUUGCACUAUUCCCACAAGUACAAUGACACUAUGCCGUGCAGCUCAUGUGUCUCAGUUCAGAGCAACAGUAUUCUUUAUGGGAGCUCAGGUACCUAAGGGGACUUCACUGUAUGUACGUUUUAUCAAACCAUUUAAAAGUUGACACAUUCAAUUUAAACAGCACAGACUGGACAAAAACAAAGCAGAGUAGGAAAACAAAUAUCCGGGAGGGAAAAUGGACAUUUUAGCAUUAUAUAACAGUAGUUCAGAGUUUUUCAUGUACAGGCACAAGUUUGUAAAUAUUAUGUUUCGUGUUAAAACUGUUAUUUCCUGAAGCCUGUUGUAGCUAUUGUUUGUUCUUAUUGUAGCACUAUUAUAUGGGAGAACUGUCAUAAGUAUGUAUCAAUACAGUGCAAUAACUUAAGAACUUACUUAGUUAACAGUAUUAAAAUAUAUGCUUUCAAAUGCUGUUGGGCUUAUUUCUUUACAGGAGGUUCAAAUUCACUUCUGGUGGACAAUGGUAUUAUUUCAUUUGGGGCACUUUAUGACAGGAGAGCCAUCUUCACAACAUUAAUUCUGCUACAAGGAGAACAUCAUAGUUGGGCCAUGGAAGUUUUAGCUAGAUUUCUUAUUAAAUAAAAUGUGGCUAUAUUGUAUUGUA